CUACGUGGCUAGUGCCAACAGAGAUGUUUAGUAUUUGUAGUUGUAGGGCACACGGGGUAGGGAAAUGGGUGAGCCCUAAUACCUCACGUAUAAAAGUCUUUAGGGAAAAUAAAGUUUUGUUUGUAGUGCCCUUUUGUGUAUUAUUUCUUUAUAGGUUAUAACAGUGACCAAUUUUAGUCUUCCUGACGCACUCACUUAAAGCCUUACUGUCAUCCGUCACGCAGUGGGUCUGCCAAGCGCACUAUUUCAACUUUGACCCCGGACUUGGAAUCCGGAACUUACAAAGUGUAAUCUAACGAUGGCAGAUUGGAAUAGAGGUCAGAACUCAAGUGCAAUGGAUGAGGUGUUGGAUGCAGAAAACAAGCGUAUGACAGACAAUCUAGCAAACAAAGCAUCCAGACUCAAGCUGCUUGCGUUGGAUAUUGAUCGUGAGACAGAUACCCAGAAUAGGUACUUGAUAGAUGGCAUGGACUCUGAUUUCUCGAGUGUCACUGGAUUGUUGACAGGCAGUGUGAAGAGGUUUUCUGGUAUGGUGAAAUCAGGAAGAGACAACCGGAAACUCCUGUGUUACAUUUCCAUUGGUGUGGUGGUACUUUUCUUUAUCUUGUAUUUCCUGGUCUCUCACGCACAUACUUGAGAAAUGGAUUUAGUUAAAUGGCCUCGCAGAAGAAUCUUUCCUUUACGAAGGUAGCAAAUCCAUUUGGGAUUGCCCACUUCAAGAUCUACUUAACAACAACCCUGAUGCCAGUAACUGGCUUUACAGAAGUUAGAAACUUUGGGGGAGGACAUCCUUUCAUUAUUUUUUUCACAUUUUUAUAGAAAAAUUCUUAACAAAAACUUUGAUCUUUGUAAAGACUGAGAAGAAUUGUACUUUUUUUGUAUUCAUUGUGACAGUUGCUUUGAUUUAGCUGCAGUCCAAACUCUUCUGAUAGUGGCUAAUACCAGACAUGAGAAACCCAUUGCUGCUGUUUAGUAGUUUAGGGUGCAAAUAUAUUGUCCUUUAUGUGACUCUUGCAGUUAAGCUCCAUUCUGUUUACUUUCAGUUCCAUCUUGGGCUCAAGAGAUGUAAAAUUAAUAAUUUGUAAUUUCCAAGCAUUUAAAGGAACAGCAGCAGACCGUUUCUUACCAGACAAAUGACACAUUCUGUCACUUCCAUUGCAUGUGCGGACAUGAUUGCUCAUCUGUAUUUACUUUCUAAUAAGUUCACAGGCAUGAUAAGCUAACAGUGACUCAAGCAGACUUCAGGAAGGUAUGUUUAGCAUACAGUAGUAUGGAAAUGCCAUGUUAACUAUACACCUGUCUGUUUUUUUAAGUAGUGGGUGUUUUAAUGACAGUCAUGGUAUAGUUGAAAAUGGACUGCACCCCUUUUCUUUUUAAAUUUAAUCUAGAGCUUUGUUGUAGCUUAUCUUUUGUUGUAAGAUCUCUGUUAAGAAUUUUACAGCUUGGUUUCCCAACUGAUUUAAAUAGUGAUUAAGUUAAUUUCCCUGUAGCACAGGUUUUAAACUGUGAAUGCUGCCCCCCCCCAAAAAAAAAAGGCCUGUGCUGAUUUUCUUGAUCUCUGUCUCUGCCUCAUAUGUAUUUUCCACAGCAAGAGAGACAUUUUAUAUGUAUAUAUUGAAAUGACCGUAUGUGUUUUCCACUAAAUGUAAUGUCACUCUUCUUUAAACCCAGCUGCUUUUUACAUAUAAAUAAAUAGCAUUAAAUUGACUAGCAGUAGGCAAGCUACAAAUUAUGUGGUUGUGCCCUGUAAUGUGCACUUUAA